AUGGCCACCGUCAUCAAAUCCAUGCUUUUGGAUUAUGUCGCAGACGCUGCAUCUUCACUACUUUCUUCCGCGCUUGACCAGAAACAGCGCGGGACGCGUCUGAACCGAGAGGACUCAGUAGGGCCGUUUACGCUUGGAAUAUCUCAAGGCUCCCUCAAGGGAAAGAAAGUGAAACAGUGGUCCGAGCUGAGCACCGGUGGGAAGGUGAUUCGAACAACGCAGCGCACUUCGAAUCUUGCAGUCAUUCUUUUGGGUGCCGGACUUUCUGCCGUGCUCAUAUAUGCCCUUACAUCAGAGCUGUUCUCAAGGAACUCGCCUACCGUCCUCUUUAAUGAUGCCUGCGACCGCAUUAAUGCAUCUCCUCGGGUUGCAAAAUAUCUGCAAGCACCUCUUGUAUUCCACAAUAAUCCACCCUCCUCCACACGACCGAGGCACAGGCAUAGGCACGUUUCAUCUCAGGUCGCGGUAGAUUCUUCAGGGCGAGAACACAUGCUCCUAAACUUCUACGUACAAGGGUCGUCCUCCGCUCAAUCAGCUCAGCAAGCCGAUGAAGAAGCAGGCCCUUCAUACAUCGAGUCUCUGAGUUCCCUGACUCUAGAUGAAAGCAUAGCGCUUGCAAAGGAGAAGCUAGAGUCGAUCGGGCAAUCUGCAAAACGUGCAUUUAGAUACUUGAGUGGCGAUGUCGCUCCAUCACCCGCACCUCACCCGCACCUGUCAACCAAUGACAGUCAGGAGAACGAAAGAAAACAGGAGAAGGGCGUGUGGAGCUUUGCUGGACUGUUCUCAGGAUUGAAGGGACGGAGAAGCGUAGCUGAGGGUGGAGGAGACUCAGGCGUUUCGUGGACAGAAGGAGAGGUCCAUGCUGAUCUCGUCCGGAACGACGAGGGCUACUUCGUCUUCCGGUAUCUCCUGAUCGACAUUCCAAAUUCAGAAACUCGGAAUCCAGUGAGGGUAUUUGUUGAACGAGCACCAGGUGUCCGGGAGAAUGAACCCAUCAUGCGGUUCACUUCAGCAUAG